AUCCAAAUGGGACCUUAAUAAUCUGGGAAUCCAAAUCCACUGUUGCUCCAAGCUUAUCCAUCUUCGCUCUAUACCCUUUCUGCUCCACAGACUCUUCACUCCACCCCGAUUUUCCCGGCCUCACUCACCCACACAUACAAACAAAUUUGUCAACAUAUCUAUAUACUGUUUCUGAUCAUUUGGAUUUGGAAACCGUAGAUUUAUUUAUAGAUUUCUUUCUUUUUAUAAAUCUGCUGAGUUGGAUCGACGAUUGAGCGCCUGAGAUGACCCGGAGAUGCUCUCAUUGCAGCAACAACGGGCACAAUUCAAGAACUUGCCCGGCCAGGGGUGGCGCCGCCGCCGCUUCCUUUGCCGGCGGCGGAGGGGUGAGGAUUUUCGGGGUGAGGCUGACCGAGGGGGGUUCGGUGAUGAAGAAGAGUGCUAGCAUGGGGAACAUUUCCACUCUCUACCACUCUUCCUCGUUCUCCGCUGCUUCUCUCAACCCGGGUUCACCUUCUUCCGAUGCUUUGCGCGAUCAGGUGAGCUUGCCGGACGGUUAUGCCUCCGAUGACCCAACACAUGCUUCUUGUUCGACCAAUCGCCGAGCUGAAAGAAAAAAAGGUAUUGCAUGGACCGAGGAAGAGCACCGGCUGUUCCUUGUAGGGCUACAGAAGUUGGGGAAAGGGGAUUGGAGGGGUAUAUCAAGGAACUAUGUGACCUCAAGGACACCCACUCAGGUUGCAAGCCAUGCCCAGAAGUAUUUCAUCCGCCAGUGUAAUGUCACUCGCAGAAAGAGAAGGUCCAGCCUCUUUGACAUGGUUCCUGAUGAUAACAUGCAGGCCACAGAAACUCAACCUCUUCCAGAAGAACAGUUGACGGUCCCUAUUCAAGCAAUAGAAACCGAGGGGGCAGAGCUGGUGGAAACCGCUCAGGCAGAUUCGUCACCUUUGUUGCAUCUGUCUCUCAUGACAGAUUCGGAAUCCGUGGAAAACGCUCCUAAGGAAAACAUCACCCCCUCAACAGCAGAAGCUCCUACAUUGUUUCCUACAUUUAUCCCGACUUUUAUCCCCAUUCCCUUCCCAAUAUGGCCCUCAAGUGCAGUUCCUCGGGAUGAAGAUAUAAGGGUAGAAACGCCCCACCAUCAGAUCUUAAAACCCAUACCACUUGUCCCUAAAGAACCAGUCAAUGUAGAUGAACUUGUGGGAUUGUCCCGACUUAGCCUUGGUGGUGAUCAGACUGGUUCUUGCCAAAUAGGUGAGGCAUCAAGACCAUCGGCUUUUCAUGCUAGCAGUCAAUUGUAAGAUUUAUCCGGUCAAAGCAGGUUACGUAAGAAGAAGCUUGCGAGAGAUUAAAUAGAGUUGUCUUUCCUUAUGAUGGUGUAAUUAGCUAUCUUGUAACAUAGUAGCUUAUUAUUAUUAGGGAGUUCAUGCUUUGCUUUCAUAUUCUUGUUAAAUAAACGCCAGCUAGGUUCUUUGAAUGAUCAAUGAUAACUUGCAGCGUGCAGAUGUUUCUCCAAUAUCAUUAUCAGCAGCUAGUUGGGGUGAUAACAUGGUAGUGUCAAAUUCAGAUGGCAGUAUGACACUAUAUAUUCAGGAAAUUGUUUCUUC